CUGCAUUCCGCGUGGUGUCUGCUCAGGGUGUCGCUGGAGGGAUUCCCCACCAAAGUGCUGUGCUGGCGGCGAGUUUCACAGAAUUGAGUUUCACAGAAUUGAGCGCAUCUCCUCUUGAACUUCUCAGAGCGCGAGAAGCUCCUCCCUGCAACAAAUCAAGAUGUGAUAAAGGAAACCGAAGAGCUUCAAAAGGGAUUGCAGCGGGGAGAGCUCGCAUGAUCAACGUUGCGUCGUGCACUUUUGUCUCAUUCCACCUCUCAGAAAUGAACCUUGAUGAGGACACUGGCCUGUCAGUCAGCUCCGGCAAUGGGAAAUUGAGACAGUGGCUGAUCGAUCAGAUCGACAGCGGCGUGUAUGCCGGCCUGGUCUGGGAGAAUCACCAAAAGAGCAUCUUUAGGAUUCCGUGGAAACACGCAGGCAAACAGGACUAUAACAGAGACGAGGAUGCAGCGCUCUUCAAGGCAUGGGCGAUGUUUAAGGGAAAACAUAAGGAGGGAGUCGAUAAACCAGAUCCCCCCACGUGGAAAACCAGACUACGCUGUGCUCUUAAUAAAAGCAACGACUUUGAUGAGUUAGUGGACAGAAGCCAACUAGACAUCUCGGACCCCUAUAAAGUCUACAGAAUCAUCCCAGAAGAAGCCAAAAGAGGAAUGAAGACAAGUAUGGAGGAGACACCAUCACAUGUAAAUCCACUUGGCUAUAUUCCACCGUAUCCGCCUUCCCACGACCAGGCCUAUAUGGCGUCUCAGGAGAGACGGGACUGGAGGGAUUACUCACCCUCAGAACAGCAACCUCUCGCCCCUCCGCAUCAGCACGGGUCACAUGCGGAGCUGCAGUACGGUCAGUUCCACUACCCAUCAUCGUUCGGCCGGCCUUGGCCCGGGUCACACUCCGAAAAUGGUUUUCAUCUUUCCUUCCACACCUACUUUUCAGAGUCCCAACCACCUGUGUAUUCAAUCAACCCAAACAAUGACAUGACAGAUUGCAGCCUCCACGUGUCCCUGUACUACAGAGAGUCUUUGGUGAAGGAGGUCACCACCACCAGCCCAGAAGGUUGUCGCAUCACCUCCCAUUCCUCCUCUUCUCCAUCCUCCUCUUCCUCCUCCUCUUCCCCGUGCCAAGAGGACAAGUUUCACAGCGGGGCAGAAGUGGUCCUUUUUCCCUUCCCGUACCCGGAGUCUCAGCGGCAGGGCGCUGACAUGCUCCCCAGCGUACUGGAGAGGGGGGUGCUCCUGUGGAUGGCGUCUGAUGGCUUGUACGCUAAGCGCCUCUGCCAGGGACGGGUUUACUGGGAAGGGCCGCUGGCUCCUUUUAUGGAUAAACCCAACAAGCUGGAGAAGGAGCAACCGUGCAAACUGUUCGACACACAGCAAUUCCUGAUUGAGCUUCAAGAGUUUUCCCAUAAUGGCCGCCAUUUGCCGAGACAUCAGGUAGUGCUGUGUUUUGGAGACGAGUACCCCGACCCGCAGCGGCCGAGGAAGAUGAUCACAGCGCAGGUGGAGCCGGUGUUUGCCAGAAAACUGGUGUACUGCUACCAGCAGAACAACGGCCACUACCUGCGGGCCUUUGAUCACCUCCUGGAACAGAAUCCAUCCACAACUAUCGACUAUUCGCCUCAGAGGCCGUUACAGCAUAUUCAGGAGUGAGAAGCGCGCACGCACACACACAGACGCACACAGACGCACACAUAAUAUGCUUGAAUGUGAAUAUCAUCCAGCGAGCGUUUCUUGCGACUGCAGUGUGCCGUGAAGGAGGGAAGCUGGCGUGGAUCAGAGGGGUAAAGAUGGGGAAGACCCUGUUGUUUUUUACUCGCACACCUUUUGCGCGUCGUCGUCUUUGUGUCUGUGACUGUAGAGUUUUUCUACACGUAUUAUUGUGACAGUGUGAAGGAUGCGGUUUGAGGGUGAGGGUACGAGGGGAGCAGAGGGCGAGUGAAACAGGAAGUACUCGCACAGGUGCACAGGAAGAAUGGUCCCUAAGACAAACACUGAUAUGUGAAAGGGACAAAACGGAGCAUGAUUAUUUAUUGCUUAUUGGCAGUGGACAGUGUGCUCGGUGCACUCGCGCGCCGAAGAGGCACAGAACAUUUUAAACUUAGUCGACACGGCUGCUUCUGUGAAUCACUGUUUUUUUAUUUAAUAGACAUGUUGAUGAGCAAAAUAGAAAAGAAAUUGCAGCGUGAGAGAGUGUCAACCAUAUUACGGUCCCUUGUGAGACCUCAAUUCCAUUCUGGUGUUGCAGUGGAGGAAGCUUCUCGGCCGUAUGUUGCAGGACGACCUUGUGAAAAUCUACUGAUCAGCUGAAUCUGAAAAGUGAUUCCUUUAGAUUACAUCAAUCUGACAAAAACAAGAUGUAAGUUUAUUACUUGUAAAUAUACUCCUUUCCUCUAUGCAUCGUUCAUUUCUUGCUUUGCUUUUAGCUUAGCUUAGUUUUACUUCUUUAAGUGCCAAAGACGAUCUGAUUUGAAAACUGAGCCUCUAACAACUCAAGUAAAGAAACUUCUGACGAGUUUUUUUUUUUUUUAAGUAGGCUUCGUAUUGCUUGGUCACAAGCAAAAGCAUUGGCUUACAGCAUGAGAGGAAACACUUUGGCCUGAGGGUCCGUGUCACCAGAAACAUGGACAUGAGACUGAAGUAGACUGGCUGGAAAAAAAUCACACUCAUCUCGUAACUUGCAAGGAAACUGCACCUCAUAACCUGAAACUUUAGGUCUCACAAAUGGGAAGAAAAACUACUUUUGUGGUCGGCGUGCGGGUCGAGCCGCGGCGGAGCGCCCUGGUUCCCUGCUACUGUUCACACACUGGAUGUGACGUCCAGACCAAACUAAAACCAUGACAACCUAGCGAGGAGUGUGUGUAUCUCGUAGCACAUGCAUGUCCGAUAGGGAGGACAAUGCAACUCCUCCAGCGGCUGAAGUAACAAAGGCUGCAGCAGAAAGGAUAAACAUUCUGUUAUGUUUUUCCUCUGUGGUCCAGAGUUUCGAUCUUUGCUUUUACUUCCUUCUCACUUAAACCACAUCACUUUCACAAUAGCUUCAAAAGUCCGACCAAAAUCACAGGCAGGAAUGUUUUGUGUGUGUGUGUGUGUGUGUUUUAACCAUAAAUAAGAUUCUUCUAACAUCUUAGUCUGAUUUGGUGCUUGGGGAAAUUUUUGUUGAUGAUGAUGAUGAUUUACAGACCCAUUCACAAUAAAAGCAAACUAACUCCA